AUGAAAAUAAUUACGCAAGCCAUAACAGGUAAGGAAAAGUUGUUACCUUUUUUGAUCAACUCCUUGGAUAGAUUGCCGCUGCAUAGAGAAACGCUAAGUCUUUUGGAAUCAAGACUGAAAGAUGACAAAACUAAUAGAGAUAUGCUUGUUUCAAUGAGCGACCUUGUCCUCCAAUAUGAGCGGGCUGCACAUAGAAGUAUUGGAUCAGAGAAGAAAAAAGCACUAGAAUCUUUGAUACACCAUGUGUAUUUCAUUUGGAAUAAUCCAUUACCAGACCAUUUGCAAAAAUUCAGAAAAAAUUACAGGGAUAUGAUUAUGUUUUGGCCAUAUGAGAGGCAUAGAUCGUUGCUAAACAUGGAAAAUCCCAAGAAAUUAUCCUUGAGAUACCGUUGGAGCGACAACAAUGAGAAUGUUUUAGCAAUGAUGAGAUAUGAAAAGAACCCCUGGAUGACAUAUUGCAAACAAGAUGCUCAACCUGAAGGCGCGGAUCUUACGCAAGCAUUUGCUGAAAGUGAGCGCGACCCCGUCAAUGUACCUAAUAAAAACGGCCCGGUCAUAGACAGAGAUAACCUGUUCUUUUCAAUUUUUACUCAUUAUCUCUUUCUAAAAUCGAACGCACGUCUGUGUAAGAAUGGCAAGAAUUUGCCAAUUCCGAUAGUCGAAAUCCCGUUAAGACCUCUCGGUCAAGACGUGGCUGUCUCGAGAAUCCAAAACAUCUUUAAAAGGAAGGUAGCCCAAAUUUGGAAGAUUUUAGCUGUAGAAAACCCGGUAUUGUCUGUAACGAACGAGCAUGCACUGUACCGCAUCGUAUCUGAAACAGUUAACCGUCCGCUACGGCGCCUCUAUCAAAAGGCUUGUAAAAGGGCUUACGUGAUAGACCAAUCAGAGCAAGAUUCCUGCCAAGAUAUUGAAAAGCAUCGUCCGAAAUUCAAAGCAAGCAAUUUACUCUUGAAGAAGAUUUAG